UCUUGGCCACCAAAGAGAAGUUGAGGCUGGACUUUUUGUUCCCAAAUUUUCAAUCUUUUUCUCAGUCCCAUUCACCCCCCAUCCCUCUUCUCCCUCUCUUCUCUGUUUAAAACUCUUGUAAUUUCUUUCUCAACUUGCAUGCUCUUCCCUCACUCAAAAGACCACCAAUUCUUUCUCUUCUUACAAUUAUUUGUUGUUAUUAUUAUUAUUAUUUAUUAAGGACUACAAACAAAAGGGUGGGUUAUUAUAUCAGUUUCUGCUGGUUUAGAUGAACUGAGCUGCCAGAAAAGUUUCUUCUGUUAUUCUUUCUGUGCAAAAGAUUGGAAUUUUGAUAUGGGGGGGCUUUGUUCAAAGUCUGCCAAAGGUGACAAGGUGUUUGCCAAAGCGGAUGCACAUUCUGAUAACCAUAAAUCUGAUGGCAAGAACCACAAGUCCACCAUCAUGGUGCCCAGUGAUUUGACAAGUGCAGGGGAUCAUGGGGUGGACAAGAAAAAGCAAGAAGGUGCAGCUGCUGCACCUGCAGUGUCCGCUUCUGAAGAUUUCUAUGAUGGAAUCCCACGGUUUAAUGAUCCUUUUCCCCAUAAGUCUAGGUCAGUAAGAUCAAGGCAAGCUGUGGCAAAGGUCUCAGAAGUGAGUUUACGCCUGGGCAGAGCUGGUAUUGAUGUUUUGGACACUCUUGGGAGCAGCAUGACAAAUUUAAGUGGUGGAGGGUUUGUAUCUGGUGCUGUGAUGAAGGGAAAUGAAAUUGGUAUUUUAGCAUUUGAAGUUGCAAACACGAUUGUCAAGGGUUUUAGUCUUAUGGAAUCUCUUUCAGCAAAAAGUAUUAAGCACUUAAAAGAAGAGGUUCUUCCCUUAGGGGGUGUGCAAGAUUUAGUGUCAAAGGAUAUGGAUGAACUUCUGAGGAUUGUUGCUGCAGACAAGAGGGAUGAGUUGAAAAUCUUUUCUGAUGAGGUAAUUCGAUUUGGAAAUCGUUCAAAGGAUCCUCAGUGGCACAACUUGGACCGAUACUUUGAGAAAAUUAGCAAAGAACAUAAUUCUCCAAGACAAUCAAAAGAGGAGGCUGAAUUACUAAUGCAACAAUUGAUGACUUUGGUUCAGUUUACAGCUGAAUUAUACCAUGAGUUACAUGCUUUGGAUAGAUUUGCACAAGAUUAUCAGCAUAAACGUGAAGAGGAUGAUAAUUUGGGUGCAGCACAAAAUGGUGAUGGCCUUUCAAUCUUGAGGGCAGAACUUAGAAGUCAAAAGAAGCAAGUUAAGCAUUUGAAAAAAAAGUCACUCUGGUCCAGAAGUUUGGAGGAGGUUAUGGAGAAGCUAGUAGAGAUAGUUCAUUUUUUGCAUUUGGAGAUAAACAAUGUCUUUGGCACUGCAGAUGACCACAAACCAUUAAUUCAAACCAUCAGCAAUCGCCAAAGACUGGGUCCUGCAGGCCUUGCUUUGCAUUAUGCUAAUAUAGUGCUCCAAAUUGAUACUCUUGUUGCCAGAUCCAGUUCUAUGCCUGCAAAUACAAGGGAUGCAUUGUAUCAGAGCUUGCCUCCUAAUAUAAAAUUAGCUUUGCGUUCCAAAUUGCCAAGCUUUCAUGUUUUAAAAGAGCUCACCAUAUCAGAUAUUAAACAAGAGAUGGAGAAAACAUUGCAUUGGCUGGUUCCAAUUGCUACAAACACAGCCAAAGCACAUCAUGGUUUUGGUUGGGUAGGGGAGUGGGCAAGCACAGGCUCUGAUAUGAAUAAGAAGACCAUGAAGGCUGAUGUGAUGAGGAUAGAAACGCUUCACCAUGCUGAUAAAGACAAAGUAGAAAAUUAUAUGCUUGAACUUCUCCUAUGGCUUCAUCGAUUGGCCGUCAAAAGUAAAUCCGGCAUCGACAUCGGAGAAACCAAGUCCACCAUAAAGUCCCAUGUCGGAUCAACCCAGCAAACAACAAAUCAACAAUCUCUAAAAGCAAUACCACCAUUGUUAACAAGUGACGAGGAGCAAAUGCUGCAAGAUGUUAGUAACAAAAUUCGUAAAAGAGGGAUGAGUAAAAGCUUGGACUUUGACAGUUUGAAGAUUGGAUUGACAGAUAAUGAAAGACUCACCAAGAGCAGCAGUUAUUCAUCAACAAGUAGAAGCAAGGAAUUUUCUUUCAACAGAAUUGUGUCUAAGAUUCCCGUUAUUGAUUUUGUUAUUGACAAAAAGAGAGCAUUGGAUGUGAUUGACAGAUUAGAUGUGGACAGAUAAAUGCAACUAUUGCUGAGUGAAUGCCUUUGAAAGGAAAGGGUAGUAGCAAGACAUGGACACAAGAAUGGACUUGUUUGUGUAGCUAUACAACACUACUCAUGGCUCAACCUCAAGUGUGUGGAAUGUGAAAUUUGGCUACAUUUUUGGCACCAUGGAUUCCUUUGCUUGAUUAUGGUAAGGUGCUUUGUUUUGGUGAAAUGGUGCUCCACAUGAUGAUGUAGAUAUGGAAUAAAGGAAAUUGGUGGGUUGAGAUGAUAAUCAUUUUGUUUUUGGAAAUGUGAUUGAAAUGGCCACUUGCUAUUGGAGCAAGGUGGAUUCUGUGUUUUUUUGUUCUUGAGAGUGUAUAGACAGUGAGGAUAUGAUACUUAUGAUUGGUUUUUAUUAUUACCUGUAUAAUUGUUGGUUUGGUUACCUUGCAUUGACAAUAACAAAAAGAUACUAAAAGAAAGUAUAUUAUAACAGUACCAGCUUGUGUAUCAA